AUGGCACAGGCUUCGUGGGGUGCAGAUCCACUAGAGUAUGCUGGCGGCUUUAGGAACCUCACUUACGACCCAGCCGCAAAAUUCCCUAGUGCCCUACCAGCGAAUGGGACUGCGUCGUGGAACAUCACCAAGGCUAAGCAGACCCUAAGCACUGUCAGCUCGGCUAAUGCAUCUUUGAGCAUCAGCUAUUCAAACGUCGACUGGGAAUUUUUAAAAGUCGUUUACGGAUGGGCUGCCGUUCAGUACCAGGCCUGGGUACGCGGCGAGAUUGUUGUGGGCGGGAAUGAUACUCAGCCUGUCGUCUUGCACACGGACUCUAUCCUAGAGUACUGGAUCGACGAUAAGCAUUAUUUCGGGGGUGACUACUACAGCUACCGGCACGCACCUCCUGUGUUACAUCUUACGCCUGGUUCACACAGAAUUGAUAUCCGCCUGGUCCGCGACGUAAGAGCCUUUGGGGGUAUUCUAGAGCCCACAAUUGACGUUGUGGUCGACAUACGACAAGUGACUGGAUCACUCGAACUUGCGAAGACUGGAAUUCUGAUGUCUGAUUUCAUAAAUGGAAAGCCCGCCUCUAAUAUCGGGUCGGUAUCCCUGAGGAAUAGCGGGCAGGAGGAUAUUGAGAUUUUGAGCAUUCAGCAAUCGAUUGCCAGCUCUCAAAUUCCCUUCACGGAGCGAGACGUGACUGGUCAGACUCCUUUCAAAGUAGACUCAGACGUCGCUGACCAGAGGGACCACAUGUCCUCAGACGAUCGUCGUACCUUCCCUAUGACCAUAGUUGCUGGUCAAACGAGGCCUGUGUCAUUCGAUAUCCUUCCAGCAGCCACUAAUACGUCUACUACGGACUAUGAGAUAAAAUACAGAACAGUUGGCAGCACCCAAUCUUCGACAAUCCGCGCUUCCCAGCCCCUUAACCACGUAGACCUUUAUGCACCUCAUAAGAUUACAUUUCUCCAUUCAGGUGGCAUGGUAUCUUACGCUAUGCUUCGGCCUCCUACCAAGAACGCGACUUGCCAAUCCAAUCGCUCGAAACUACCGGUUCUUCUGCAGCUUCAUGGAGCAGGAGUUGAAGCUGACAACCCCAUGGUAUAUCAUGCACUUGACCCUGUGUCAGACCUCUGCGCAUGGGUGUUGUUCCCAACAGGCGUUACUACAUGGUCCGGCGAUGACUGGCACAACUGGGGCUUUACUGAUGUUGAAGCAGCAAUUUCGGCAAUUCCAGACUGGAUUCAAAACAACAACUGGACUGGCCCCGACGUUGAUGUAGAUCGCUGGAUAGUUUCAGGUCACUCCAAUGGCGGUCAAGGGACUUGGUUCGCCUUGACACAUCGUCCAGAUAAGGUGCUGGCUGCGGCCCCGAUUUCUGGAUACACCAGUAUCCAAAAGUAUGUCCCAUACGAACUUUGGCAGGGCGCAGACCCUAGGCGCAAAGAGACGAUAAGCGCAUCCCUAAACAGUUAUCGCCAUGAAUUGCUGAUGCCGAAUGUGCGAGGUAUUCCUAUUCAACAGCAGCAUGGCGGCAUUGAUGACAACGUACCGGCGUACAAUUCGCGCCUACUAGCACAACAAAUCCAUCAAGAGAACGCUAACUCGAGUUUCAAUGAGGUCGUUGGCUUCAGCCAUUGGUGGGAUGGUGUCAUGACUACACCACAAUUAGUCAGCUUCUAUUACACACAGACAAAUAGUGAGGAUGCCAUGCCACAAAAACUGAAGCAGUUCAGCUUCCUCGUUGGAGAUCCAGGAGAUAUGGGUAGCAAAGGUGGGAUCGGAGUGAAACAUUUAGAGGAUCCAGGACGAUAUGGAAGAGUCAGUGUUCGAGGGAACGUUAUCAGGACUUCCAAUGUGCAAGAUCUUGAAUUUGAUAUCGCUCUUUGGAAGGAGUCGGUAAUCAUUGACCAGAAAAGGGUGGAACUCCCAGGUACGCCAAGUCCAGGAGAGGCAGUAAUCAAUGUCUACAAAUCGGCGGACGGUUGGACGCUGGGUCCAGGUGGGAAAGAAACCGGACAUCUCCAACGAAAUGGUCGUCAGCUGGGUUCCAUGACUGCCAUUCUUCGUACACAAGGCUCCUUUAUUAUUCGUCAUUCAGGGUCUACCGCCGCAUCUCAUAUUGCUUUGCAGGUUUCCCGCAAUCUCCACCAAUACUUCAAAGCAGACACCCAAAUUCUCCCAUCUGCAUCGAAGUCUAUCCCUCCAGACUCUUCUGGGAAUGUCAUCACUCUAGGUAUCGCCAGUAGUCUCCCGCCGUUCCAAUCUAGCUUUCCCGUCCAUGUCGGUGAAUCUGGAGUCACUAUUCGCGAUUAUCGUGGUCAGGAGCACCAGUAUGGGGAGGAGGCCCGUGGUGCAGCGUUCCUUCGCCCACUUGAAGGUGAACGACUGGAAUUGGUUCUCUGGGGUUCUGAUGAGGCAGGACUGCAGCAGGCGGCACGGAUUUUGCCCCUUAUGACAGGCGUGGGUCAACCAGACUUUGUAAUCUUCGGUGAAAGUGCAAGAUGGAAGGGAAUUGAGGGUGUGCUGGCUAUGGGCUUCUUUGAUUCCAACUGGGAAAUCACUCCUGCCAGUGUCAUUGACAGUGACAUUGACACGUAUCAGGCUGAUUAG